GGAUGGAUACAAGUAGAUGGGAGGCGUUUAUGUAUGACCGUUAAGGCGGGUCUAUACCAAUAUUCGGACCACCAUUCGUGAAUCUCUCGCGGAGACGGAAGGAGGUAGAGAAACAGAAGAAAAUGGCUGAUCAACUCACAGAGGAGCAAAUCGCUGAGUUCAAAGAGGCUUUCUCGCUAUUUGACAAAGAUGGCGAUGGCACCAUCACAACCAAAGAGCUGGGCACUGUCAUGCGCUCCCUUGGCCAGAACCCUACAGAGGCGGAGCUGCAGGAUAUGAUCAAUGAGGUGGAUGCAGAUGGUAAUGGAACAAUAGAUUUCCCUGAGUUCCUGACAAUGAUGGCAAGAAAGAUGAAGGACACUGACAGUGAAGAGGAGAUCAGAGAAGCUUUCCGUGUCUUUGAUAAGGACGGAAACGGAUAUAUCAGUGCUGCUGAGCUGCGCCAUGUGAUGACAAACUUGGGUGAGAAGUUAACAGAUGAGGAGGUGGAUGAAAUGAUUAGAGAAGCAGACAUUGAUGGAGAUGGUCAAGUCAAUUAUGAAGAAUUUGUACAGAUGAUGACAGCGAAGUGAAGGCCUUGUACAGGAUUUCUUGUAUAAAAUGAUCUGCCUUUUCUUGUUUGUAAUUUCUGUAAAAUGUUUCAUUUUAAUUUGCCCCAUCCUCUACUACUGUCCAAAGGAUCUGCAUGUAUACUACUUAAAGAUUUGCGUGCUCAUACCUUCCCCAACUCUUAAUCAUUGUAAACAAUCCUUUUGGAAAUAGCAGUUAUGGGACCAGGUUAAUUAGGCACAGAGACCGGCUAUGCACAGGCCCCCCCCCCCUCUGUUGCUGCCUGCUCACCUGAUGAGUGGUGUCAUCAAGGGUCCAGCUGACUGAGAGGCAUUUCACCAUAUUUUUAGCAUGAAUCUUUUUUGUUUGUUUUGUUUUCUAUAUGUGGAGGAGCAACUCUGAAUGGACAAUGGACUGAGUAUAAAUAGAAAAGUAAAAGGUCCUCAGCAUUGCACUAUUGCAGCAUAUUUGAAUUAAAUUACUUAAUUAAUAAACUAACGGGUUUAUUGCUGGGUACUCAUACACUCUAAUCUUUUUGUAUUGCUUCUGUUUCUUAUUAUGCUUUUUAAUAAGUAACUUUUUCUGUUUUUUUGUUUUGUUUUUUUAACUGCUUAUGGCACGGCCAUGCCUCAGAAUCCAUUCCAAGUUGUAUAUUUGUUUUCCAAUAAAAUUUUCAAUUUACCCAAAAACUGCCUGCCCUCACCUUC